UCACUGUCACCAACUGUCGCUAAUGAAAUGGUGGAGACGGAUUUGUUGACGUUGUUUUUCCCCUAUUUACGUUUUUUCCAUUAAUUAUUGGCCGUGUUAUUUUAACUUGUGAUUAUAGAUAAAAACCAGGAAUCAAGAUGAAUAUUUUACCAAAGAAAAGAUGGCAUGUAAGAACUAAAGAAAAUAUCGCAAGAGUCAGAAAAGACGAAGCAGAAGCCGCUGAAAAAGAAAAAGAAGAAAGGUUACGCAUAGAAAAUGCAGAUCGAGAAGCUCGGCUUAGCAUAUUAAAACACAAAAGUAAACAAAAACUGCUCGAGUCUGGAAUUAGUGAUACUAAGCAGCAAGAGGAGGAAGUUACAGGACAUAUAAAUUUAUUUACAGACCUUGAUCAUGCAGUAAAACGCACAAACAAAGACCAUGAUAAUGAAAUAAAAGAAAAAAAGGAAGAAUUUGAGAAAAAAAUUGGAUACUUAACAUAUCUUGGCCAAGACACAAAUGAAGCUCUUAAAAAGAAGAAUUGGUAUGAAGUGCCACCUUCAUCAAGGAUUUCACAAUCUAGUAGCAUAAAAGAUACAUAUGAGAAAUUAGUUCUCAAAGAUCAGGAUGGUAAACCCAAAAAAAAGGAAUUAGAUGUAAAAGAUGGCGAAAUUGAUUGGAAAGCAAAACAACAUCAUGAUCCUAUAAAUAACUUCAAAAAGUAUUGUACAAAUCAAGUAAAAACAUCUAUGGAAUCAAAAGAAUGUAAUGGAAAGGAAAUUAAACAUACAAGCAAUAAUAAAAUAAAUAAGAGUAAAAAGAAAUGUAAAAAUGAUAAAGAAUUAAAACUUAAAUUACUUCGAGAGGCUCGAAUCAAAAGAGAGCAGCAAGAAAAAUACAGAACUGAACUAUUCCUUAGUGGCCUUAACAACAAGACACCUGCUAGUACAAAUACAGAAACAAGUUCAAAUAAAGUUAAAGCAAAAUAUAACUCUCAGUUUAACCCAGAGUUAGCAAGACAAAACUACAGAUAAUAAUUAUAAUUUUUUAUUGAUUUUUACAUUACAGCAUAUUAUAUUUAUACCAAAAAUAAACAUUAAAUUAUUUAUUCAAAAGAUAACAAUAUAAUCAUUUUCCUUAAGAUAAUUAUAUAAUAUAUUCAAUUAAUAAUUUAUCAAUGGGUUUGAUAACAAAACCAAUGGAAGUUUGUCUUCCAUUUUACUAAACGGAUAACUAAAUAUUUCGCAAAACAACUGUAAUAUUCUUACAACAUUCAUACCCUCACCACUGGCAUCUGUAGAUUUUGUCCUGCAAUAAAAAUAUAUUAUUAUAAUACCACUACCUAUUAUUUAAAAUAUUAUUAUUAUUAUAGUCUAUGUACCUACCUCAUAAGUGUUGCUACUCUUGCAUAUGUGCAUAAGAAAUCAAUAAAUAUUUCAAUACUA